AUGUCUGCCAACAAUAGCUUCCAGUUCAAUAUACGAGACAGCAUGUACUUCAGAUUCUCAACGAAAUACAUGCAAUUAUUUCCAAGAAAUGUAAGGAGAGUUAUAGAAUUUGUAUUUCUAUUUGAGGCAAUAUUAGUUUUGUAUACAUUUGUUAAUUUUCAUAUAAAGUUAUCGCAACCAGCUCAUUGUUUGGACCAUGUCAUAAAUAUUUGGCCCAAAAAUGGUAUACUGAGAGUGGAGAUAAUUCAAAAUUAUGAACGCUAUCCGGAACAAAAAGGCAAAAUAAACAAAUUCUUAACAGAAGAAAAUAUUUUUGAACGUGAAUACAGAUUAGAAAAUGUAUUAUACAAAAUAAAUGAGAAUUUUUCACUGUUCAAUGAUUUCAUUAAAACGUCUAACCCUGAGAAAAAAGAAGAAGUUUAUAUUGAACAUUCAACAGUAGAGUUAGUUGAAAAUAAAUUUCGAGAGACUAGCGCCCUAAAACCUCACUUAUACUCAGAACCAAUUACAAAUAACAUAAACGUUGAAGAUGAAAAAGAAAAACCGUCAGUUUCAUCACAAGUUCAUUCUACUGAGUGUCCAAAUAAUUUAUUUGGAAGUAUAUUGGGAGCCACUAGUUGUUCGUUAUACCAGUACACAAGUACCACAUUACCUCCGGACGUAAACAACAAAGGAAUAUAUUACGAGAAUCACAUUGUCGAAUAUUCAUUGAAUGAUGAAAACUUGUUUUUGUCGUCCGAAGCUAGACAAGGGUUAGAAAUUCCGGUAAUGCUUGUAACCCUAGACCCUACACAGAACAAAUGUUUUGGAAAUUCAUUAAAUCGGUACUUCUUAGAAAAUUACAUUGGCUAUGACGAAUUACUGUAUGCUUCUAUUAAAGCUGUGGCUAAAUUUGAAGAAAACAAAGGCUUUUUAAGAAAUUUCAUUACCUGGAAACAUUGCCCAAUUGCGGUGAAAACACAGAAAGAUAGAGCAUCAUACAUUUCUUCAAUUUUCAUUAUGAUAUCCACUACAUUUGUGAUUUCAUUGUACAUGAGGUACUUGAAUUAUCAACUAGUCGUUGCCCUCAGUUAUUUACUAAACCAUUUUAACGGGGAAGUUAACCUGGUUAAGUUUUAUGUGUGUUUUUUGGGUUUUUUGGGCCUAUCAUCAUUAAUAUGGUUAUAUUUCAAAGAUGUCGAUACAUUGUUUUACAUCAUGUUGAUCGUGGUAACGGCUGAAAUGUACUACGCAACAUUCAGCCAUAAUGAGACCACGAAAAAACAUUGGCCAAAGUUUUUCUAUCUGUACCUGUUUAUGUUCUAUGCUUACGACUAUCGGUUCAACGGCCAGUACAGAUCCUUGAGUCUCACCUGUUCAUGGUCUUUUAUACUGCACUCCAUGAUAUACUUUUAUCACCACAUCGAACUGCCAUACGUGGUGCGGCAAAUCGAACUGCAGGAGAUGUUUAGCCAGCGGCAACUGCAAUAUUUGAGGCAACAGGGCCGUCCACCCAGCCGUCGGGGAUUUCGUGCUGCACCCUGAAUGCUGUUGUGCGGUGGAGGUGACGGUGUGAUCUAUAGUUAUUAGUCAGGUCCAACAUUUCAGCCCGGAGAACGGACUGAAUUGCGGGCAGUUGGAUGUUUUUAUAUUAUAAUUUAAGUAUUAAGUGUUUGUGACUUUUCAAUAUUAUUUUAUAUGUAACGAUAAUAAUAGUUAUUUAAAAACUAUGAUUGUAACUUGCGACGAAAAAAGAUAUCACAUAAUAUGACCAAACAACUAUACUAUUAUACCGAGUGAUCCAUCGAAUGAAACACAUUCAUUGAUUCAAAAAAUAUUCGUUUUAUAUAAUUUUAAGUAUUAAGAAAAAUUUUUCUAGAAAUGUAUAUUAUAGUAUUUUAUUAACGUUAUUGUUUUUUAAUUAUAAUUUUUUUAAUAACAUGCAUUUUAAUUUUUAUAUUACAAAGCUCAAUAUUUUUUGGAGUACUUCCAUGUAUAAAAAUCAAAUUUUAGACUAGUAUAGUUUAUGAGUUAUAACUUAUUAGACAUACGCAUGUUUAAAAUUUAUACGAUGAA